AUAACUUUCUCGGAGGCAGAGUUUUGGAAUGAAGCGAGAGAGAGGGGAGCGGAGCCAGAUGGUGUAUUUAUGGAGAACAUUACGGACCUUGUGGACGCGAAACUUGGAUUUGCUGGUUUUAUGGACCCAUCAGAGGCGCACGCGAUGUUCUUUGGGUCAGAUGAAGAAGCGACAAGUCUGCUCAAGUUUCAGAAUUCAGUCGAGAUUCGGUUUGAUAUAGAGUCAGCCCCAGGUUGUCUCAUGACCGGAAGCUCGAAACCCUUUUUGAAUUGGACGCCGGACACCGACAGAGAAAAGAGAGUGUGACUCGAGGAGCGGGAAAUGCUUCUGAAACUCGAGCGAUGAUGGCAAUGGAUUAUGGAUAUUGCAAUGUUGAAACCAGCAGAUAGAGCCGUGGUCCAGG